GGAAAUAUCAUGAAAUGACUCAUACCGGUGAGAAACCACAUGCAUGUGAAAUAUGUGGUCGGCGAUUUUUGCAACCAGCUGCCUUAAGAACUCAUCGCAAAAUUCAUCGUAAAAUAGAAAAUAGCACCGAUUCUAAAGAGUUUUAUGUUUCCAUCAUCUUUCGCACCUCUCUUGGAAUGGUGCUGAGCUAGUUCUUCCUUGGAAAUGGCUGAAAAUGACUUGUUGAACGAGUCCAUAGUGGAGGAAGUGAAAAAAUAUGAAGUCCUAUACAACAAAGCACACCCACAUCAUGGCAAGAGUGGGGUAACACAACAAACAUGGAACAAAAUUUCCAAUGUGGUGGGAGUCACUGUCCAGGAAUGCAAAUCCUUGUGGGUUGCAUUGAAAAGGGGCUACAUCUCUGAAUAUGAAAAGCUGAGGGAAAACAAUAAUUCGGAGAAAUACCACUCAAAUUGGAAAUAUUUUGAAGCCAUGUCAUUUCUGAGUGGUCAUAUUGGUCAUAUUGACUCUGAUCGAAAAUCCAUGGAAAACCUUGAACAUCUGCCUGGAAGAGAUGCUUUUUGUCGAGCUUGCAUGGCCAAUCUUAAUGAAACUUCUGAUGACCCCACUUCUGCCCCAAAUUACAACAUUUUCAGUUCAAAUAUUCAACUGGACAAGAAAAUAAUGCAAUGUACGAAUUUUGAAUGUUCACCCUGGGAUGGGUAUUCCCAUGUCGUUUGCCACCAUUGCUAUGUUAAAAUUCUAGAUUUCUAUGAUUUUCAAUGUGUGUACCGCUCGUCAAUGGAAAAAUUCAAGGUGUUACUUGAAAACGAACUAGAUUUUAAAGACGAGGAUGAUGAGAAAAUUUCCACAAUUUCUUCUGUGGAAUGUGAUAAUAACUCAUUUCAGAUUAAUGAAGAAAAUAUAUAUCACGAGGACGUUCAUGCCGAUAAUAUAUCUGGGACGGCAGAAGAUCCGUUAAAUUCGGAAGAUUUUGCAAACACACAAGAUGUGAAAAAUGAGAAAUCAAGCGAAUCGCCAAAACAAGAAUUUGAAAUCAAGGAAAUUGGUUUAAAAUCCAGGGAAGUACGAAGUACAAAGCUUAGCCCAAGAAGAAGUGGUCGGAAGAGAAAACUUCAUGCUAGCAAAGAGGAUGAUAAUUCUACAUCUGAUAAUGAAAUAUAUUCAAUUGAGGAUUUACAUCACAGAUCAGAUGAUGAUGAUGAACAGUCAAUUUCCAAUUUUUCAUCCCAAUCAGAAGAUGCAGAGGAAGAAGUCACCAAAAAGCCAAUACUUAAAUGUGAAAUUUGUGAGAAACAAUUUCGUUUUCAUCAUCGUCUGGAAGCGCAUCGGCGAAAACAUGAAGGACUGCCAGGCUACCCUUGUACCUUUGAAAACUGUCAACGUGCCUUUAAUCGCUUGGAUCACCUGAGAAGCCAUCUGAACGAACACAAUGGCAUACCAAAUGUUUUUCAAUGCAACAUUGAUGAUUGCCUAAUGGAAUACAAAUGUCUCUCGGGCCUGAACAAGCAUAAACGAAGUGUGCAUAAAUGUGGCAAAGAAUUGAAAAAAUAUCCCUGUGAUAUAUGCGGCAAAGUCUUGACGAACCCGCGAUCCCUGAAUGGCCAUAAGUUUAUACAUGUCGACAAAUCGGAAUGGCCCUUUGUGUGCGAUGUUAAGAAUUGUUUGCGCAAGUUCCGCUUAAUGUCCCAGCUGACAAUACACAAGAAGCGCCAUGCGGGCAUUAAGAAUUACAUAUGUCCAUAUUGUGGGGUACGCAAGACCACCUGCACUGAACUUAAGAUACAUAUUAAUUUCCAUACCUUUGAACAAAAAUAUCCCUGUGAAUAUUGUUCGAAAGUUUUCAAAAGUGUUGGUGUGAUGAGGACACAUGUCCACCGUGUCCACGAGGGAAAGAAACCGGCAAACUAUAAAAUGUUUUCCUGCGACUUUUGUGAUGGAAAAUUUGCUUCAUUGCAAACGAAAAAAUUCCAUGAAAUGACCCACAGAGGUGAAAAGCCCUUCAGUUGUGAAGAGUGUGGCAAAACGUUUACUUAUCCCUCGGGUUUGGCAUCACAUAAAAAUGUCCAUGCCAAGGGUGAAAAUCAGUAUGUAUGUAGGAUAUGUGGUCGUAAAUUUAAAUGGCAAUCUGGUUUGAAAACCCAUUUGAAAUUACACACCGAAGCGACAAAGCCAUAUUCGUGUAAGGAAUGUGAUAAAAGUUUUCGUUGGCCGGGAUCGUAUUAUAAACAUAAGAAAGUUCACAUGCGCCAGGAGGAAGAGAGCGUGGAGCCGGAAAAUAUAAGCCCAACAAAUCACAAUGAUGAUGGACCUGAGCGGGGCCAGGAAAAUGAAACACAGGCACCUGUUGAGUUACCAAAGUAUGAAAUUAUAUAUGCAACCGUUGAUGUGGACACAAAUAAAAUUGGGUAGUUGUUAUUUGGUAAAAAAUAUCUUGUUCUUUAUUGGCUGGAAACCAUGUCCCAUAAUGUUUUCAAAACUAGACUAGAGCCUUAUCAUAUUUCACAUUAAUAAAGCACGCGUCUUGCAAUAUUUGAUUAGGUUUAGCCUUACAAAGAGAGUCACAUAUCCUCAAGCGCUUAAAAAUGAAGACCUCUUUUUUUGUAUAACACGUUCUUAUUUCAUUCUGGAUGUGUCCCGCAUCAAUACAAAAAUAUUUUUGGUGUUCUAUUUACGUUUGCCGAACGCGAUAGCUGUAAUUUCACAUCAAGGAUUUGUAGAUAUCCUUGCCCCAUCCAUACACAGGGUGAGAUGAAAAAACUACAACCAACUUCAGACUGCUGCCAUUUCUAAGCCACUCGUCCGACAACUGUUAAAAUUAUUCCAGUGGCAGCUUAUUAUAUUGUUCACAAGCGUACAAAAGCAUUUUAGUGAGAAUUUUCCAGAAAAAAAGUUGUUCCUGAUGGAAUUCAAGAUAGUGAUAGUUUGCUUUCUAUAUAUUUGGCUGGAAAACCACCAACCCAGUGGCUAUCGAUAGAGCACUCCAGCAUUUAAAUGUGAAUAAAUCUUUUGUGUCUCGUACCAAAGCGUACGACAUUACGUGAUACUGGUAGCGUAGACCGACGUCAAGGAAGUGGAAGGAAGAAAAAAGCAACAUCAGCAGAAAUGGUGCGAAAAGUAAAGAAGCGACUUGGUUGAAAUCCGCGUCGCAGUGGCCGAAAAAAGGCUCCUGAGAUGAAUAUAUCGCAAUAUUGAAAAAAUGAGCUCGGGGUAAAGCAAUUGAAAUUUCAAAAAGUGCAAAAACUUACAACGCAACAGAAAGAAAAUAGACUCAAAAGAAAUAAAGAGUUGCUUCGCUUGGUCGAAAGUGGUAAAGUGUCGAAUUUAGUUUCCUCAGUCUCCGAUGAGAAAACAUUCGUUGUCCAGCAGUUUGUAAACAAACAAAUUGAUCGUCUUUACUUGCCAAAGAGGUCAGCUGAAAAUGUGUACCUUCGGUUGGAACUCAAGCGCCAGCCAUAGUGAUGGUGUGGGCCGCAAUAACAGCCGAUGGUCGCUCUCCGCUCGUAUUAAUCGACUGUGGCAUCAGAAUAAAUGUCGAAUAUUAUCGGGAAAAUAUUCUGGAGGGUGUAUUAAAGCCUUGGGCACGCAACCACUUUGGCCGCAGACUCUGGACAUUCCAACAGGAAUUCUAAGAAUGGUUACAAAAUGAGGUUUCCUGCUUCAAUUCCAGCGCACAAUGGCCACCAAAAUCUCCAGAUACCAAUCCGUUGGACUAUUGUCUCUGAAGUAUUUUGGAAAGCAAGGUUGGCACUAAAAAAUACCAAUGUGUCGAUCACCUC